CAUGUCAGCUCCAUUCUACACCGUCAAAGUAAUAUAACUCAUUUAAUGAAGGACGUACCUGCUUAAGAUUUCAUUCGUGCAUAUGCUGAAUAUUUGAAGAAAAACAAUAAAAUAAAAAUUCCAGAAUGGGCAUCCAUUGUUAAAACUGGACUUGGAUAAGAAAUUUCACCAAUUGAUUAAGAUUGGAUGUAUGUUAGAGCUGCUGCACUUGCUCGUAAAAUAUAUGUAAGAGGUCAUUGGGUAUUCAAUUUUUAUAUAUCAAUUUUUAUAGGGUGUUGGAAAUCUGACUCAUAUGUUUGGAUCAGUCAAUGAUAAUGGUAAGCAUGAAUCUGGAUCAGGAAAAGUCAUUAGAUAUCUACUCUAAUAAUUAGAAUCAAUCAAAGUCUUAAAAAAAGACAACAAAUCUCUUUUAAAGAAGGGAUCAAGAAUUGUUACCAAAGAAGGAUAAUAAGACUUAAACAGAAUUGCAACUUAAGUUGCUUUGGCUGCCAGAAAAUGAU